CCAAGUUUGGAUAAAGACCAAGAGGUUAAAAAAAAAAAGACAGGAGCAAAAGGAGAGCUAACUAAGGAUCUGAUGACAGCAGUUAUUUCAGAAUCUGGAGCACCUGUUUUAAAUGGACAGACAAAUCUUGAGCAGGUGUGGUUAGGGAGUCAGGCCCAGAGUGCUAUCUCUGCAUUGUGAGGAUUCCUUUAUGGGAGCUGCAGGCUACAUGCUGACCCUGUGACAUGACAGAGCGAUGGCAGUGAUUUCCAACCACUGAGGAAUAUCAGAAUCCUACGUGCAGCAGUUACAAGGAGAAGAGAAGAAAAGGAAUGGCAGAAACACACAGCAAAGUAAUGACCAAAAUGAAGUUGAGCUCCAGAGGGAAACGGUACCACAAAGGUGUCUGGAGUGAGAUGUGGGGACUUCAUGGAAUGAGAACAAUUCAGAACCUAGAUGAGUCGGAGUCAAGUAUUGAAGCUUGGGGCUCAAAGCUUCGUCUUUCCUGAUCUUUCCAAUGCUCUAGAAAGAUGAAUCAGGAACAACAGCUUCCUAGCAGGAGAGUCAUGGGUGGCAGUUCCCAGUCCACAAGCAGGUCCAGAGGGCUGCUUGCACUAAACACAUCAUCGAACUGAUGAACUUCAAGUAACUUUUACCUGGACGUACUGAAAGUGUGAUGGUGUUCUGCAACCUGCCAAGAAGUCCAGUCAAUAUAGGUAGCAACCCGCUCAACUUACACCUGCCAUCAACAUGUCCUACAGCUGCUAUUCUGGAAACUUCUCCUCCCGUUCCUGUGGAGAUCACCUGAACUAUCCUCACUCCUCCUGUGGCUCUUCCUAUCCCCGGCACCUGGUUCAGAGCACUAGCUUCUUCUCUCCCAGAACCUGCCAUCUGGGCUCCUCUCUCCACAGCGGAUGUCGUCAGAACUGCUUCCAGCCCAUCAGAUGCCAGACUUCUCAUGUGGUGCACAGUUCCUGCCAGCGGCCUUGCUAUCGCCCACAGGUCUCCAGCUUCUGCAGCCCCUGUAGGACCACAUACGCUGGCUCUCAGGGCUUUGGGUCCAGCAGCUGCCACUCUCUGGGCUAUGGGUCUAGAAGCUCUUACUCACUGAGCUGUGGAUCCAGUGGCUUUAGACCCCAGGGUUUCUCUUCACUGGGCUGUGGAUCUGGAUUCUGCCACCCAUCCUAUGUGCCCUAUAGAACCUGCCAGUCUUCUUGUUACAGACCAAGCUGUGGUACUGGAUCUAGAUUCUACUGAUCUUCUUUCUAAUUUCCAAUCUUUCUGACCACUGUCACCAGUCCUGGAUUCUUGGCUGUUGUAAUCUUCCUUCAACUGGGAAGAAUUAUCUUCUCAUUCCCUGAUUGCCAAUUCCUCACUUUCUCUCUGACCCCAGCUAUUGGCUGAUGUGUGUCCUUUGAGAACUCUGUAAUUAAUCUAUUAACUCAGAAAUAAAGUGUGCAUUGCAAAUGAAA